AUGGGGAAGGUUAAAAAGGGACAAAAGGCAAAAAUUAUGAUGGAUGUAUUAAUAGGAGAUGUUUUAAAACAUAGAAUAUCUAUGUUUCCAAGUAAGAAUGAUGAAGAUAUAGAUUUUUUGGCAAAUUUAAUAACGGAUGUUCGAAAUCAAGGACAGACUUAUCAGUUACCUACAAGUGCAGAAGAAUAUAGGUCGUACGAUAAUUUUUUCAAAGAUAUCGGCUAUUUCGACUUCAUCAUAAUUGGAGCAGGGGCAGCUGGCAGCCUGGUAGCCAACAGAUUGUCUGAAGUUGAAGACUGGAAAAUACUGCUUAUAGAAGCCGGUGGAUACGGAAACAACAUCACAGACAUUCCUAACAUGUACUUCGAAGUAGAAUAUACAGAUUACAAUUGGGGAUUUGUUAGCGUUCCACAAAAAACCGCUUGCUUAGGCAUGGUUAAUCAAACAUGUGCAAUGGCACGAGGUCGUGGAAUAGGAGGUACUACAUUAGUGAACGGCUUGGUCUACUCCAGAGGAUCAAGUCUAGACUUCGAUAGGUGGGCCCAUGAAGUAGGUGAUCCUAGGUGGUCAUACCAAAACGUUUUACCGGUGUUUAAAAGAACAGAGAAGUUUAACCACAGAGACAAACGAGCACCAGUGAACAAACCAAUCCACGGGUAUCAAGGAUUGCUCAAUGUAGAAUACCAUUUGCCCAGGAGUCCACAAUUAGAUGCUUGGUUAGAAGCCCACAAAGAACUAGGUUUACCAAUAAGCGAUUACAAUGCUGGUACAGGACUGGGAGCUUCACCUGCUCAAAUUAAUACUCGAAAUGGACGAACUGAAGACGCUGGCACUGCUUUUGUACUACCUGCUCUUAAAAGAAAGAACUUGCAUGUUUUAACUUACAGUUAUGCCACGAGAAUUCUUAUAGAUGAAUACAAAGUAGCUAGAGGUGUUACUUUUACUCACAAAGGCAAACAUUUCAUUGCCAAAGCAUCCAAAGAAGUCAUAAUUAGUGCUGGGACAUUCCAAACUCCACAGCUCCUUAUGUUGUCAGGGAUUGGUCCUAAAAACCAUUUAAAUGCUUUGAAGAUACCAGUGAUUCAAGACUUAGCUGUGGGGAGUACUCUUCGAGAUCAUGCUUGUUUUUAUGGCUUGACUUUUAGUACCAAUUACACUGAACCUGUUUUGCCGCUGGAGAAGUAUGUUGGACAGUUUUUGAAAGGGGUAGGCGCGUUAGCUGCACCAGGGAAUAAUCAAGGAGUUGCUUUUUAUGAAUCACAAUAUACCAAAGGUACUGGCUAUCCAGACAUAGAAAUAAUGUUCAUUCCAUCAAACGCUACAAAUGACCUAUCCCAAAGAGCCUUCAGGUUGACCAACCAGACAUACGAAGAUGUUUGGAAGUACAUCGACCGAACCAAAUCCUUCGUACUGUACAUAGUCUCUCUCCAUUCAAAUUCUAUAGGUACGGUCCGACUAAGAAGCAAGGAUCCCUUCGACUAUCCACUAAUAGACAACAGGUUCUUAUCAGAUCCAGGGAACAGAGAUUUGCGACGAAUCUACGAAGGUAUCCUCAUCAUGAUGCGCUUAGCCAGAACCAAAGCCAUGCGCAGUAUUGAUACAAAGUUACAGGGAGGACCUCUACGAGCUUGUAUCCACCAUGAAUACCAAACCAGGGACUACUGGUUCUGCGCCAUACGACAGAUGACCAUGAAUCUUUACCAUCCUGUAGGUACAACGCCCAUGGGUCCAAAUCCUCAUCGAGGAGACGUGGUAGACUCCGAAUGCAGAGUUCAUGGUGUUCAGGGGUUGAGAGUUGUAGAUGGAAGCGUCUUUCCUUUUCCUUUAGCAGGGCAUCCUAUGGCAGCCAUUGCUUUGGUGGGAGAAAUGGCAUCAGACUUUAUUAAGAAUCAAUAUUUGUAUUAUACAUAAUAGUAAAUAUAUUCACCUAAAUCUUCA